AUGUCGGCUGCUGAUAAAACUUUCCUUUCCGAGCUUGGGUUUCCUCUGCCCCCUGACUCUGGUACCGAUUGCCCACCUGUGCAAUGGCUGCCUCAGGUUCCCGAAGCGCUCCUGUCUGCCCUUGACAAGGCCAAGGCCCGCAUUGCUGGUCGCCCCCUUCGCGAUCUCUUGUUCCUUGAGUUCUUUUGCGGCAGUGGAGGUCUCUGUGCCGAGGUUCGGAAGAAGGGUCUUGUUGGCAGCCGUGGUGUUGAUCAUCAGGCUUGCCAUGGUGUCAAGUGUCCAGUCGUGUCACUUGACCUUGCCACCCCGGGUGGCGCACAGAUUGCACUUGAGAUGAUUUCACGGCCAGACGUUGUCCUGUGCCACUUUGCACCCCCUUGUGGUACGGCAACCACUCCUGGCACCAUGCGCUCACAUUCUGCUCCCGAUGGUGUCUCCAACCUUGAAGGUGCUGCACUUGUGCGUGUCACUACCGCGAACCGGAUCUAUGAGGUCAUCUCAAGCCUAAUCCAGAGGUGCACUGAGCUUGGGAUUCUGUGGUGCCUUGAGAACCCUAAUCGCUCCUUGGCGUGGCUCACAUCUUGCAUCGCGUCAGCCCUCCGUACCCCACAUGUGCAGACGCGCUUUCAUCAUUGCAUGUUUGGAAGCCAGCGGCGUAAGCAUACCUCGCUGUGCCACAACAUUCCCUUUGCGCAAGCCUUGCAGGUCACAUGUGACGGUAAGCAUGACCAUCUACCUUGGGGCCGCCUGCCCGACGGUGGCCCUGCCAUAAAAGCUGAGGUGUCAUACCCGCCGUUGCUAUGCAGGUGCCUUGCACAUGCCUUUGUCAACCAGCUCCUGCAUCUGGGGGCCACGGCCCCAGCUGUCACUUUGCAUGAAGCUUCUGUGCCCGCUGCCAGGGCUGCGCAAGUUGCUGCCUCUCGCCAGCCCAACAAGCGCCUGCCGCCUUUGGUGACUGAGUUUGCUGCCAUUGUCACUGUUCGUGGUCCUGAAUCCCAGAUCCCGUCCAGCUCUGUGCUGGAGGCUGCCUGGCCUGUUGAUUCCAGCUGCAUAGUGCAUCCGCCUACCCCUGUGCUACCGGUGGGCACCAAGCGCCUCUCUUCCUUUCCUGACAGGGGAAGCCAACAAGGUCUCGAGGCAAAAGGUGCAUGCAUGGUCAGGUUUGGCAUCCCUUGGCUGCCCAGCGACUUUGUCUCGCAAGCCAUCAAAUGCAAGCACCCCAAGCUGCUGGCCUCUGCUUUGCCAAAGCCUCUCAAGGAAUGCAUUGAGAGGUGCGUGUCUCAAUCGCCGGCCGACUUAGCCAAAGAGAGGACAGCCAAUCUUAGACAGUGGAUGCUCAGGGCCAAGGAGUUGAAAGACGAGUGCGACGAGCCUCUUGUCUCGCCUCACUGCAGAGACAUCCUGUCCAACAAGUCCAUGCGAUUACUUGGUGAGAUGAUUGAGACCUCAGGUUAUGGUGACGUCAAUCUCCCGAAUGAUAUUGGCGAGGGCUUUGAUCUUCUUGGGCCCAUCCCAGACAGCUCAGGCGUCAUGCCCAAGAAGGCCACCUUUGCAUCCUUGUCGGUGUCGGAAGUGAGGGAAGUCGCCAGUGACAACCAGAGGUCUGUGUGGCAGGCUACCAAAGAUUCAAUCAGGACUGCCGAAGACCUUGAGGUUGCCAGAGAAGUUUAUCGUCUGACCUUAGCCGAGCUUGAUGCCAAAUGGGUCGAGGGUCCCUUUGGACUUUCCGACCUUCCCAAAGAUGCCAUCCUCACCCGACGGUUUGGGGUGGUGCAAUCUUCCUGGGAUGCCGUCAAAGGUUCGAUCAAAAAGAUUCGUCCGAUUGAUGAUCUAACGGAGAGUUUGGCCAAUCUCACCUCGAGUGGGACUGAGACGAUUGCUCCGCACGGCGUGGACUGCAUCAUUGUCGGGUUGGUUCAUAGGUCUAGGCUCUUCCGGCUUCACUGGAGUUGCUUCUUUGAUGACUUCUUCCUGGUGUCUUGUGAUCGAGAAAUGGCACACCUUGACUUGAUCCAAAAAGGAUUCUUUGAGAUCAUGGGUUGGAGCACUUCAGUUGAGAAAGACGAUGGAUUUCGACCUAUGGCCCGGGCCCUUGGAGUUGAAAUCAACUUGGCAGAUUCAGCUGCAGGCUUGUUCAAGGUGAGCAACACCGAAGCGAGGCAGAAAGAGCUCUCUGCCAUCAUCUCUGGGAUGCUUGAAAAGGGAUCGGCCUUGUCAAAAGACUUUGAGGUUCUCAGGGGCAGAUUGAUCUUCGCGGAAAACCAAAUCUUUGGUCGGAUGGCCUGCAGACACAUGCAACGCAUAUCCCGUGCAUGUCGCUCCAAGGGCAUGGUUGAGAUUCGUGAUGAGCUCGCGGUCCACUUCUUCGGCUUCAAGGCAAACCUUUCACUUGUUCACUGA